CAAGAAUGCCCUGAAAGAGCACUUGCAUCAAUAGUCUAGAGUAUUGGUUUUAAAGCUGUUCCCGUCCCCAUAUUCACUUACAUCGUGGGGUUAUGAGCUUGCUAGGAAGGACAAAAAUGGGACAAGAAGACUCUUCUCUAGCUCUGAGGGUUCCAUAUCAAAGCUACAGCGACCAGAGAUCCAAAAGCAUACAGUCUUCGCAAUAUAACGAAUCAUCCGUAGGAAAGAUAAAGCCCAGAAAUUUUUCUAUUCUAGAGCCCAUAACAUCGGUUCCCAUGUUUACAGCUAGACACAAAUAUCCUUCUCCGAAACCCCGCUUCCCGAGCCUUGUUUUCGACAGUUUUUGCCUCGAUAACGACGGUUUUUGGAGCUUCGACUGAGAGAUCUAGAUGCCUAUUUGACCUCGUCGAUAGCUUGGGUAAAAGCCCUUGGAUCAAAGCCAUUAUCUGCUGUUCACACGAAACCAAUAAUCUCAUCAUAUACGGUGAGUCCAAAGUGGCAGAAUUGCCCUGCUGGACUGCGUGGAAGGUGCGCGCUCUUUACCGCAGCCUUGAGACUGCAUGGGCUGUAGGAGAUACUCGUUCCAACUAACAGCCUCCACUGGUGACAUUCGGGGUGAGAUAUAGCUACUUGCUCAUUAUAGGACUCACAAACCCAUCCACUGCUAAUAUCUCUUGUUGUUUCCUUGGGUUGGGUUGCGAUACGUCCACGUGACUAUGCUGACUCACUAGAUCACAUGACCUUUCUAGUUCCUUCCACACCUCGCCGAAAAGGGCAAGCGCCAAGAAACCUGGAGAAUGUUCCAAAAGAAAAAAAAAAAAAUAAAGGAUUUAAAAUUUCUACAACCUCCUCUUCAUCUUCAUCUUCAUCUUCCUCUUCAUCUUCAUCUUUCUCUUCUUCCUCUUUGCUUCUUCACUCGCUCCCUUCACCUCUUCGCUUAUUCAAUUCCUCCUCUCUGGCCUUCUUGUCUCGCGCGAUUUCCUGGGUUUUGUUGCGCUGUCUCUUGUUCCUUCGCUAUAUUAUAGCUUUAAUAUAUUCCAAAUACCAACAUAAUGCAGCGAGCUCUUUCUUCCACCUCCAGGGCUUCGGUCCUUUCCUCCGCCUCCUCCACACGCGCUCCCCUCUCGCGAUUCCGUCCAGCUGGUUUGAGCCUGCAACAACAGAGAUUUGCUCACAAGGAACUCAAGUUCGGCGUGGAAGGCCGUGCUGCACUCCUUAGGGGUAUUGACACUCUUGCAAAGGCUGUCUGCACAACUCUGGGACCCAAGGGAAGAAAUGUUUUGAUUGAAUCUCCCUACGGCUCCCCCAAGAUCACAAAGGAUGGUGUCACUGUUGCCAAGGCCGUUACCCUUCAAGACAAGUUCGAAAACCUGGGUGCUCGUCUUCUCCAGGAUGUUGCGUCAAAGACCAACGAAGUUGCCGGUGACGGAACUACCACCGCCACCGUCCUUGCUCGGGCUAUCUUCUCCGAAACCGUAAAGAAUGUCGCAGCUGGAUGCAACCCAAUGGACCUCCGCAGAGGUAUCCAAGCUGCCGUUGAGGCUGUUGUCGAGUACCUCCAGGCGAACAAGAGGGACAUCACCACCACGGAGGAGAUUGCCCAGGUUGCUACUAUUUCCGCUAACGGCGAUACACAUGUUGGUAAGCUGAUCUCCAGCGCCAUGGAGAAAGUCGGAAAGGAAGGUGUGAUUACCGUCAAGGACGGGAAGACUAUCGAGGAUGAAUUAGAGGUUACCGAGGGAAUGCGAUUCGACCGUGGAUACGUCUCCCCUUACUUCAUCACCGACACUAAGGCGCAGAAAGUGGAGUUCGAGAAGCCCCUGAUUCUCCUUUCUGAGAAGAAAAUCUCCGCUGUCCAGGACAUCAUUCCUGCCCUUGAGGCGUCCACCACCCUCCGACGACCCCUUGUCAUCAUCGCUGAGGACAUUGAGGGUGAAGCUCUUGCUGUCUGCAUCCUCAACAAGCUCCGUGGCCAACUCCAGGUCGCCGCCGUCAAGGCACCCGGCUUCGGCGACAACCGCAAGAGCAUCCUCGGCGACAUCGGCAUCCUGACCAAUGCCACCGUCUUCACCGACGAGCUCGACAUGAAGCUGGAGAAGGCUACCGCCGAUAUGCUCGGCUCCACCGGCUCCAUCACCAUUACUAAGGAGGACACCAUCAUCCUCAACGGCGAAGGUAGCAAGGACGCCAUCGCACAGCGCUGCGAGCAGAUCCGCGGUGUUAUCGCCGACCCUACCACCUCCGAUUACGAGAAGGAGAAACUCCAAGAACGCCUAGCCAAGCUCUCCGGCGGUGUCGCUGUUAUCAAAGUCGGCGGUGCCUCUGAAGUCGAAGUCGGUGAAAAGAAGGCCCGUGUCGUUGACGCCCUCAACGCCACCCGCGCUUCUGUCGAGGAAGGUAUCCUUCCUGGUGGUGGCACUGCCCUCGUCAAAGCUGCCGCCAAUGGCCUCGACUCCGUCAAGCCCUACAACUUCGACCAGCAGCUCGGCGUCAGCAUUGUCAAGACCGCCAUCACCCGCCCUGCUCGCACCAUCGUGGAGAACGCUGGGUUGGAAGGCAGUGUCAUCGUCGGCAAACUCACUGAUGACUUCGCCGGCGACUUCAACAAAGGCUUCGAUAGCGCCAAGGGCGAGUAUGUCGAUAUGAUUGCGUCUGGUAUCGUUGAUCCCCUUAAGGUUGUCCGCACCGCACUUGUCGAUGCGAGUGGUGUGGCGUCCCUUCUGGGCACUACUGAGGUGGCUAUUGUCGAGGCACCAGAGGAGAAGGGCCCUGCUGCUCCUCCAGCUGGCAUGGGUGGCAUGGGCGGUAUGGGUGGUGGUAUGUUCUAAACCACAAAUCGUUUUUAAAGCGCUCCUCCCAGGUUACCCCAUUGAGGUCACCCGAUACCAUUUUGCCUUGGCCAGGCAAUAAAAAUAACCACCUGGCUGAGCUUCCCAGGCGGCUUUUCAUUUUUGGCAUUUUCAUUGUAUGAUUAUGUUUUAUGUAUGGUGUGCGUGAGGGAGCGAAAAUCUAUCCUGUCUGUUGAUGUAUCUCCUUGUGAUUGUGCGUCUUGAUUAGCCAUGUUCUCUGGUUCCCCUUUUCCAUUAUUUCCUCAUGUAAUUUUAUGCGUGCCUGUCUUAUAUUACUUUUACUGUAUCAUCGGUUGGUGUUUUGUGUGUUUACUUCUAUAUUUAUAUAUUUAUCGCCAUUUUCCUUCCUCAAAUUUCACCUCCCUCCGUCUCGUCUCGUCUGUUCUGUCCCAUGACAUUAUCGAAUCUUCAUUCUCUCAGUGCACCCUUCCUCCCCACCAACCCAUCACAGCCAGGAACAGACGAGACAGAUGGUACACACAGAAACCUCUCCACUCCUCUCACCAUCGCGCACGCCGCUAUCACACCCAACGCGCCUAUUCCCUGUUGUUAGGAUAGCUCCAGGAUAGAUAAAAUAUCGAAAUAUGCAUGCUGAAUCUGCUUUUACUGUUGAAAAAGUGAUUCUAUUCUGAAGUUUUUUUUCGGUUUCAUCAUUUUCUUUUCUUUGCUAGAUUCAUUCCUAUUACGUAGUCUUCGAACUAAGAUUCCUCUGCCCUCCACAAUCCGCCGGAGGGGCAAAUCGCGAGCCGGGUAGGUAGUUAUAACAGCCGGUGACUUUUUUUAAAAUUUGGAUUUUACUUUAUAUUUCUAUUCAUGUACUCCG